AUGAAGGGUAGCCGGACGUAUAAUGGAAAGAAAAGAGACGCAAGUGGAGGCCCUUCGAAUGGAACUCAUCGUAGUGGCACAGGAAUUGGGUUCUACGAGUCUGAAGAUACAACACGGUCGUUCAACGACCGUUUGAAUUAUCUUUUGAUCAAUAGUAUUGGUUCUGAUGCUCUGGUGACAGUUACGAAUGGAGCGAAAUACCAAGGUUUGCUAACCGCAUGCGAUCCUACGGGUGGAAAUGGCGUUAACGUUGUUCUUCAAAAGGCCAGACUUGUAGAAAAUAGCUUUGAUGCUGAACAAUUGGCGUCUGACUUGAUCGAAAACCUGGUUAUAAAGGGCGACGAUGUAGCAGAGCUAGAGCUACAAAAUGUGGAGUUUGGUACGGACGAAAAGCCGCGGGAGGCUUUAAAUGAAGCAUCCGAAGUCCCUAAGGCGUCGAAAGAGAAUAUCACUGAUGAUGGUGCAGCAACGGAAAUCAAGACUGAAGCUAAACAAUCAGAAGUCGCAAAAGAGGUGAUUCAAAAGGUAACUCAGGCAGAAGUGGAGCCUGAAGUCAAGCCUCAAUUGAAGGCCUCACAUCCUACAAAUGGGUCAACACGUCCUGUUGAAUCGGUAAUGUCUGCCUUCAAGACAGAUACAGACAUUUCCGGCAAUAAGAACGAAAUCAGAGAGAGAAAAUUGGAAAGGUGGGUUCCAGAGCCGCAUGAAGAAUUCGCGCUUGGUGAUGCGUUAGAGGACAGUAAAGAAUCGUGGAACCAGUUUGCUGUUAAUGAAGAAAAAUUCGGUAUAACUUCGUCGUUCGACGAGCAUCUCUACACUACCAAGAUUAACAAGAAAGAUCCCAGUUAUAACGAACGUUUAAAGGAAGCUGACAGAAUUGCGAAAGAUAUUGAAUCCCAAGGCACCACUGGAAAUGUUCACUUGGCUGAAGAAAGAGGUCUGGUCAUCGAUGAUUCUGGUGUGGAUGAAGAAGACAAAUACUCUGGCGUGGAUCGUAGAGGCGAUGAAUUGCUUGCUCAAUUGAAGAUGAAUGCAAAAAGUCUUCCCGCCAAGACCAAAAAAUACGUGCCUCCUACUUUAAGACAUCAGCCUCACAACAACGAUCCAGCCAUCAUUUCUUCAAGAGCAGCUGACGUGCUACCACCACCAUCCGAGGCUCCUAAACCUCGUGAGACUGCUCAUAAAGUUCAGUCCGGGUCCCAACCAAAACUCAAUCAACUAGAUGCGCUCAAAGAGUUUUCAGAAAAAUUCAAAGUUCCAUACGAUAUGCCCGAAGAAGUGAAGACAAUGUUCAAAAGGGAAAAUGAGACUUCUCCGAGGGGCACACAAACAGCAUUGAAAGUCAACUUAUCGCUACCUCCAAAACCGACCAAUACUCCACCUAUUGUCCAGGGCAAUGUUGCCAUCACUCGGGGGCCCAGAUCUUCUCGUGGCUCAACACCUUUGAGCGGCAAGGCCGAGUUGAAAAAAACUGUCAGCAGAGGGCCCUCGACUCAAACAUCCGUGUCCCCUUCAUCGUCUAGCAGACAUGCGAAUAUAAUUCGUAGACGCAACGUUAGCCAUGGUUCAUUUUUGGGCGCCCAGAAGCCGCAAUCUCAUGAAAAAGAUUUUGCAAGAAGUUUCAACAUGUUUACGAAAGCCAAGGAAGUUUUUGAUGAGGAAAAGAAACAUAACAAGGGCCCCGCCGUCUUGAUCUUCGAGAAACCCUACUUUACGGCGCCCACAUGGAUGGGCAAUGUGGAACAAUCUUACAAGAGCCUAUUUCCUGAUGAGCGCACUGCUAUGCAUAGAUCGCAACUGAAGAUGCAGCAGCGCAAUAUGGGCGCUAUGUCGAAUACUGGCAGCCCUCACAUGAUGGGGAUGCCCGGAAUGAUGAUGGGGAUGCCCAUGGGUCCUGGAAACUCCAACAAUCCGUACAUGAUGGGCCCCGGAACCAAUGGAAAUAUGUACAUGCCGUUCCAGCCUCCAACAUACUAUCCGCAAAUGAUGCAAAUGAUGCCUUUUGGGGAAGAUAGAAACAGUGCCAGCCCACCCCCUACACUAAACGUAUCUUCUCCGCAUCCAGGUCAGAAUUUUGUCGCUGGUGGUCCGCCUCAUUCUUCAACUCCCAUGUCGCCUUUCAAUUAUACGCAGGCUCUACAAUUUCAGCCCAUGAUGGGAUCUGGGUCUUUUCGACAAAGUUUCCAACCUCAAAGCCACCAUCAUAACGGCAAAAACAGAGCACACAACCACUAG